AUCCCGAAAAACUAACGGCCAACUCUUUUACUCCACGACUGAACGAUGGCCAGCAAUAGUGGGAAUACACUGGAAAGUCGCACAGAUGAGAACAUAACCUGCGCGACAGAAAACGACGACACUCAGGCGAAAACCUCAGGCAUCCCUUUCUCCAGGAAACUGUGCUUUGCCAUUGGAGGAAUGCCUUAUCAAAUGACUGGAACCGCCAUGGGCUUUUACAUGCAGGUCUUUUUACUGGACGUUGUGAAGAUGGGAGCUUUCUCUGCAUCCAUCAUUCUCUUCCUUGGUCGGGCUUGGGAUGCUGUUACAGAUCCUCUGAUAGGAUAUGCCGUGAGUAAGAGUGGCCGGACCAGAAUUGGCAAACUUAUCCCUUGGAUUGUGUUCUCGAUGCCACUUGGGGUCCUAUCAUACGUUAUGCUCUGGUAUACCCCGCAGGACACCAUGUCCUCUGGCUUCAGUUUCGGCUGGUACUUCACAUGGUGCUGUCUGUUUGACACCUUCAUGAGUUGCUACCAUGUGCCAUAUUCUUCCCUAAACAUGUUUCUGGGGGGGAAUCAGAAGGAUCGAGACUCGGCCACUGGAUACAGAAUGGGCAUGGAAGUGUUCGCUACACUGGCGGGAGCUGCCAUUCAGGGUCAGAUAGUGGGAGUGCACCAUGCCAAGAGGACACACGCCUGCAGUUUACAGAACGCCACGGAAGGGGUUUCUGGGAACUAUACUGAAUCUCUGGAUGGCAUAUCUGACGCUCUACGAAAUACAAGAACGGCCUACUUGACUUGUGCACUAAUUUUAGGAAUACUAUACUUUCUGUGCUGCCUUGUGCUUUUCCUCGGAGUGAAGGAGCAGUUGGCCCCUCUGAGUAAACUGGACAGCGUAAAUGUCCCCUAUCUAACUGGUAUAAAGUUGAUGGUGGGACACACUCCAUAUGUGCGGCUUGUAUUUGGCUUCCUGUUUGCUUCACUAGCCUUCCAGAUGAGUCAGGCAAAUUUUGCUCUUUUCUGCACUUACACAAAAAAUAUGGGAGCAUAUUUCCAGCAUAUUGUUCUCAUACUAUUGACAGUAGCCACAAUAUCCAUCCCAGUCUGGCAAACAGUAUUAGUCACAAUAGGCAAAAAGACCACCACAUUCAUCGGCCUAUCACUUUAUAUCCCAGCUCUAAUUGUGAUAAGCGUAGUGAAAAGUAAUAUACCUGCCUUCAUUAUCAUGUCCUUGUUAGCUGGCAUGAGUCUGGCAACCGUUUUUCUACUCCCUUGGUCAAUGUUGCCAGAUGUAGUGGAUGACUUUAAAGUCAAGAACCCAUCAUGCCACGAUCUAGAACCAUUGUUCUACUCCUGCUACGUUUUCUUCAACAAAUUCGGAGGAGGCAUGUCUGUUGGAGUCUCUACUUUGGUUUUACAUUUUGUAGGAUACAAGCCUGGUGCUUGUAAACACAAUCCAGAGGUCGUGUUUUCACUGUGGCUGCUCUUCGCUCUUGUGCCAAUCUGCCUGCUGCUCAUCAGCUUGGUGAUUUUUCGCUUCUACCCCAUCAACGAAGAACGGCGACAGAAAAUCCAAGACGAAUUAAGAAAAGCAGUGACAGAGACCAACAUGAAAGGAGAAGAACUGAGCCUAUGAAGUAAUCACUAACUGUCAUUGACAGGUUCUUUAACUGUUAAUAAUAAACAGGUUUUGUUUUGAUCAUUGA